AUGGCGACCGACCUGGAGAAUGCUAUUGAGAAAGUAUUGCAAGAUUUCAAGAUUCAAACGUUAAAGGAGGAACAGAAGGAUAUUUUAUUGACAGCUCUGAAUAAUAAAGACUGCAUGGCAAUUUUACCAACCGGAUAUGGGAAGUCGUUGCCAUAUCAGAUGUUGAUACCUGUCCGAAAACAGUUGCAGAUUCAGAGAUCCCCAGACUUAGACUCUUACAACGUCGGAAAGAUUAUCGUUUGUUCGCCUUUAAUUGCGUUAAUGCAAGAUCAAGUGGAUAGAUUGAACUCUAUUCCAAAUGUUAAAGCAGUUUACAAAGGCGAGAGUAAAGACAGUGACCAUAUUAUUGCGGAGGGCAAGUUUGAUUAUCUUAUUGCAUCGCCAGAGGUAUUGGUUGGCAACAGUGGCUUCCGGCAAAUACUUCAGGAAUUUAAAGUUGAUACAAUUGUAGUAGAUGAAUGCCACACUAUGUGCACAUGGGGAGGAUUAGGGGAUGAGGAGCAGCUGGCCUUUAGGAAAUGGUUCCGGCACCUAGGAGAGCUUAGGUCCAUGUUUCCGUCUGCAAAUUUACUGGCUGUCAGUGCAACAUGUAACAAGACAAUUCGUAGAACAGUUAUGAAGGAACUUGGGUUACAAAAAGAAUGUACAACAUUAAUUAUAAGAUCACCAGAUAAAUCAAAUAUUAAAUACUAUGUUAAAAAAAUUGACAGCUCCAUAGAAAUGUCCAUGCAGUUUUUACUUGAUUCUUUGGAAUUGGAGGCAUUUCCACGCACAAUUAUUUAUGCUACCAGUGUUAAGGAGGUGUCUGAGUUGUACAAUUAUUUAUGUAAUGAAAACCCAACAUUAAUCGAUAAAGUAGAUAUGUUCCAUUCCGAGACAUCAGAUGAAAAGAAAAGUGACAUUAUUAAAAAUCUUCAGGAUGGUGACAGUCAAAUAAAACUUGUGAUAGCAACUUCUGCCCUUUGGAAUGGGCAUAGAUAUUGUGAACUGUCAUUCAGGAUUCACAGUUGUUGUGAUAUUUGUGAACUGGAGUGUUCUUGUCAAAACUGUAAACAGCUGCCACUUCAGCAGUAUUUUCUAAGACUUUGUGUCAUGGAAGACUCAGAUAGUGUUGAUAGUGAUGCAACUGAUGUUGAGUAA